AUGCCAUUGAACAGCACCACCGAUUGCAUUCCGACGUUUACUGAUUUGCUGCGCUUCCGCGACUCGCGGCGCGACCAGCUGCUGAGCGAUCGUGAGGCAUCACUGGAUUUAUUCGAAGCCAGCUCCAAGCCAGCUGCCGGCAGGGGCAAAGGAAAGGGCAAGGGCAAGGGCAAGAGCGUCGAGGAGGAUGACGAGCCCACUGCCCAGGCAGCCAGCGGCAACACCAGCCAACCACCAGGCGCAUCCCAGGCAUUGUGGGCGGAGCUGCAGCAGAGCAUCGAGCGAGAGCGGCGUGUCAACCAGCAGCUGCUGAGUCAGUUCGGCCAGCCCACUCUGCAGGCGCCCCAUUCCUCUGGCCCGCCGCCGCUCCCACCGCGCCGCGCCCUGCCGCCUGCUACCAUCCCGGUGAUUCUGCUGCGACCUGACCUGUCUGGAUUCAUCCACGAGCUGGAGCAAUCGCAGGACCAGCAGCGCGCGCAGCUGGCGAGCCAGGACACCGAAAAGUAUGGCAGAAAGUGGCUCAUAGCGCGCUGCCAGGCAGCGACUGCGGGGCUGGGGCCAGAGGCUGCCGAAGUAAUGUGCACGGAGAUCUUCACGCUGCUGCGGUCCGACCGCAGCGACACAGAUAUCCAGGGCCAGCUGCUGGAGCUGGUCGGCUUCAGCAGCAUGGACUUUCUGGGCGACCUGAUCUCGCAGCGCGCCGAGAUCGUGGACCGCAUCUCCAGGGAAUCGGACUAUGCCAAGGCCGAGGCAGCACUCAGGAAAAGGGCCCUACCAGGUGUGCAGGCGUCAAUCCAGACGGCCAGCGAGCUCGCCCUGCAGAAGGAGAUCUUGAAGGAGAAGCGCAAGGGCAAGCGCGCUGCAAACAACGACGCCAACGACGAGACCGAGGAGCAAAAGUCGGCGCAGAUACUGGGAUUUGGUGCUGACCUGUUGCGCGCUCGCGAGCGCCAGCUGAUGGAGCGCCACGAGGAGGUGCUUCUACCCGCGUCGCGUGAAGCUGAAAAAUACCCACAUGUAUACACGUCCAGCGGCAGAGCCGCCGGCGGCACGUCGCGCGACGAGUACCCCGACCAUGAGGAGAUCACGAUUCCGAUCACCAAGCCUGCGCCAAAGCGACUGACGGAGACACCGGUCAUGAUCGGCGAGAUGGAUCCACUGUGCCGGUACACGUUCCGCAAGUACACGUCGCUGAACCGCAUCCAGUCUAUCAUCUACCCGACGGCGUACGGUACCAACGAGAACAUCCUGCUAUCGGCGCCUACCGGAGCUGGUAAAACCGACGUCGCCCUGCUGACAAUUCUUCGCACGAUCUCGCAGUACUGCUCGCCGUCGCCAGCCGACCUCGACUGGCAGGACGUGUCACACAAGCCAGAGUUCGUCGUGGCCAAGUCGGACUUCAAGAUCGUGUACGUGGCGCCCAUGAAGGCGCUGGCGGCCGAGGUGGUCGAGAAAUACCAGAGCCGGCUCAAGUGGCUCGGGAUUCAGUGUCGUGAGCUCACCGGCGACAUGCAGCUGACCAAGGCUGAGGUCAACGCGACGCAGAUCAUUGUGACUACGCCCGAGAAGUGGGACGUGGUAACGCGCAAGAGCAGCGGCGAUAUGGAUCUGGUGGACAAGGUCAAGCUGCUGAUCGUCGACGAGAUCCAUCUGCUCAAUGAAGACCGCGGCAGUGUCAUCGAGACUCUGAUUGCCCGCACGCAGCGCCAAGUCGAGAGCCGCCAGUCUAUGAUCCGCCUCGUCGGUCUGUCGGCGACCCUGCCCAACUACAUGGACGUGGCCGGCUUCCUGGGCGUCAACCUGCACAAAGGCAUGUUCUACUUUGACUCUGGGUUCCGUCCCGUGCCGCUCGAGCAGCACUUUGUCGGUGUCCACGGAAAGGCCGGCACCCCGGCGACAACACGGUUACUGAACCGCGUGUGCUACGACCGCGUGCAGCAGCUGGUGUCGGAGGGGCACCAGGUCAUGGUCUUUGUGCAUGCCCGCAAGGAGACCGUCAACACUGCCAAGGCCAUUCGCGAGCUGGCCAUGCAGGAAGGCACGCUUGAUAUGUUUGCUGGCGACAAGGAGUCACCGCAGUACAGGAGACUGGCAGGGGGCGUGGCCAAAUCAAAGAACCGUGAGAUGGCGGAGCUGUUCGGCGACGGAUUCUCGAUCCACCACGCCGGCAUGCUGCGCUCGGACCGCAACCUGGUUGAGCAGAUGUUUGAUGCGGGUGUCGUGCGCGUACUGUGCUGCACGUCGACGCUGGCGUGGGGUGUCAAUCUGCCAGCCUAUGCGGUCGUAAUCAAGGGCACACAGGUGUACGAUUCGCAGAAGGGUUCGUUUGUUGAUCUGUCUAUUCUCGACGUGCUGCAGAUUUUCGGCCGCGCUGGUCGCCCGCAGUACGAGUCGCAUGGUGUCGGCUACAUCCUGACCACCCACGACCGGCUGCAGCACUACGUGUCGGCCAUCACCAUGCAGCACCCGAUCGAGUCCAAAUUCGCCAGCAACCUGAUUGACAACCUCAACGCGGAGGUCACGCUGGGCACGGUUACCAAUGUCGAAGAGGGCGUGGCAUGGCUCGGAUACACAUACAUGUACAUCCGCAUGCAGCGCAACCCGACUGUCUACGGCCUGUCUGGCGACGAGAUGGUCGAUGACCCGAUGCUUGGACAAAGGCGUAGCGAGCUGAUUAGGAAUGCCGCGCGCGAGCUUGCACGCCUGCAGAUGAUCGUGUUUGACCCAGCGACGGGCUUCAUGGCCGCCAAGGAUCUGGGCCGCAUCUCGUCGUCGUAUUAUCUGCGCCACGAGAGCGUCGAAGUGUUCAACCAGACGAUGCGCCCGCGCAUGACCGAGGCUGACGGCAUCGCGAUGCUCAGUCUCAGCAAGGAGUUCGACCAGAUCCGCACGCGCAACACUGAGGAAAAGGAGCUCAAGCUGCUGCUCAAAAGCGCUUGCUGCUGUGACGUCAAGGGCGGAAUCGACAGCCAGCACGGCAAGACAAGUGUGCUGCUUCAGGCGGGCAUUUCACGUGUGAGGAUCGAGGACUUUUCACUUGUCUCGGACACCGCGUAUGUAGCCCAGAAUGGCGCACGGAUUAUCCGCGCGCUGUUUGAGAUUGCCUUGAGUCGCAGCUGGGGGCCGGCGGCUGCUGUCGCGCUGUCUCUGAGCAAGUCGAUUGAGAAGAAGAUGUGGCCGUUCGAACACCCGCUCAAGCAGUUCAACCUGCCGCACGACAUCAUGCGCCGGCUGGAGAGCGACAGCGGGAUGACUGUCGACAUGGAGAGGCUGUAUGAAAUGGACAGCGGCGAGCUCGGUGCCCUGGUGCAUAAUCACCGGUACGGGCCGAUUCUGGCCGCCGCCGUGCGCCAGUUCCCGAGGCUGGAGCUGGACGCGCAGAUUGUACCAAUUACCAGAGGCGUGCUGCAGGUGACGUUGACAGUGACAGCAGACUUUGAAUGGAGCGAUCGCGUGCACGGUUUCGCUGAGGCGUUCUGGAUCUGGGUCGAGGAUGCGGACAACACCGAGAUCUACCACACUGAAAACGUGCUGCUGCGCAAAAAGGGAUACAGAGAGCCAAAGGUCUCUGUGUUCACCAUCCCCGUGCAUGAGCCCCUGCCUGCACAGAUAUUCAUCCGCGCUGUUUCGGAUCGCUGGAUCGGUGCCGAGACCGUUACAGCUGUAUCAUUCAAGCACCUGAUGCUGCCUGAGCACCACGAGACGCACACCGAUCUGCUGGAUCUCCAGCCGCUGCCAGUCUCUGCGCUCAACGACCCGGUUUUGGAGGAGAUCUGCGCGUCGCGGUUCUCACACUUUAACCCCGUGCAGACCCAGAUCUUCCACACGCUCUACCGCCAGCCGUUCAACGCCCUGGUGGGCGCCCCAACCGGUUCCGGUAAGACCAUUGCUGCCGAGCUGGCCAUGUGGUGGGCGUUCCGGGAGCACCCAAAGCAGAAGGUUGUGUAUAUUGCGCCGCUUAAGGCCCUUGUCAAAGAGCGCGUGGCCGACUGGGGCAAGCGUCUGACGGGACCCAUGGGCCGCACGCUGGUGGAGAUGACUGGUGACGUGUCGCCUGAUCCGGAGUCUAUCCGCAACGCUGACAUUAUCAUCACGACGCCCGAGAAGUGGGACGGUGUCAGCCGUGCUUGGCAUGCACGCGAGUACGUCCAGAACGUGUCGCUGGUGAUCAUUGAUGAGAUCCAUUUGCUUGGCGGAGACCGCGGUCCGAUUCUCGAGGUGAUUGUAUCGCGCAUGAACUACAUUGCAGCGCAGACCGGCAAGUCUGUGCGCGUUGUUGGGCUCUCUACAGCACUGGCCAAUGCGCGCGAUCUGGCAGACUGGCUCGGCAUCGCCAAGGUUGGACUGUACAAUUUCCGGCACAGCGUGCGCCCGGUGCCUCUGGAAAUCUACAUUGACGGGUUCCCAGGCCGUCACUACUGUCCACGCAUGGCGUCGAUGAACCGGCCAGCGUAUAGAGCCAUCCGCACGCACUCGCCAACAAAGCCCGUCAUCAUUUUUGUGAGUUCACGUCGCCAGACGCGCUUGACGGCGCAGGAUCUGAUCGCCUUUUGCGGCGUCGAAGACAACCCGCGGCACUUUUUGCACAUGGACGACUGGGAGAUCGAGGCUGUGUUGGCGCGCACCCAAGAUGCGAACCUGCGCUUGUCGCUGAGCUUUGGAAUCGGCAUGCAUCAUGCCGGUCUAACCGAGAACGAUAGACGGAUUUGCGAGCAGCUCUUCCACGACCGCAAGAUCCAGAUCCUGGUUGCCACAUCGACGCUGGCUUGGGGAGUCAACCUGCCUGCGCACCUGGUGAUCCUGAAGGGCACCGAGUUCUUCGAUGCACCGUCCAAGGGCUACGUGGACUUCCCCAUCACUGAUGUUCUGCAGAUGAUUGGUCGUGCUGGCCGCCCGCAGUUCGAUGACCAGGCCAUUGCGCGCAUCUUUGUAACCGACACGAAAAAGGAGUUUUACAAAAAGUUCCUCCACGAGCCGUUCCCUGUCGAGUCUUCUCUGCACAAGCAUUUGGCCGAGCACAUCAAUGCCGAGAUUGCCGCAGGUGCAAUCAAGAGCGCGCAGGACGCUGUCGAUUACCUCUCGUGGACAUACCUGUACAGAAGGCUGCGGCAGAACCCGACCUUCUAUGGUGUCGAAGAGCCAUCGGAGAGCGGCGUCAACGAGUACCUAUCGAAGCUAAUCAUGGGCUGCUUCCGCGACCUCGAGCAGGCGCUGUGCGUCACUGUUACGCAUGACCUGGAUGCGGGCGGUGUCACCGUCGCACCGACGGCUCUAGGCAAGAUUGCCUCGCAGUACUACCUGUCGCACAUGACCAUGCGCACAUUUGCCCAACGCCUUGCCAGUAUUGACAGCAGCAACCGAUUCUGCGACCUCUUGCAUCUAAUGAGCGAGGCGGCCGAGUGGGCCGAGCUGCCAGUGCGGCACAAUGAGGAUCUGCUGAAUCGCGAGCUGGAGCGCGAGGUUCCAUUCAAGCUCGCCCGCGGCACCGUCGAUUACCUGAGUCCGCACGCAAAGGCCAAUCUGCUCGUGCAGAAGCACCUGGUGCGCGGCACGCUACCCAGCAGCGACUAUAUGACGGAUACUCGGACAGUCCUGGACUCGUCGAUCCGUAUCUUGCAGGCGAUGGUGGAUGUCGCGGCGUAUCUGGGCAAGGUCGACGAGGCCCUGGCGACCAUGCAAGUGAUGCAGGCGAUCAAGCAGGCGUCGAUGCCCGACGAGUCGCCGCUGCGCCAGCUUGAGCCAGAGAUCUCAAUGGACGAGAUUCGCAGGAUGUUCGGCAAAAACUCGCAGGCACGCUGCCUCGGCGACCUCCUGGUGAUGCCCGACAAUAAGCUGAAGGCGCUGUUCCGUCCCACCGGCUCCGAGCACACGGAGAAAUGGUGCGAGGCGAUCCGGGCGCUGCCGCCAGUCGACAUCUCCGUGGCCCCUGGCAGCGCCCUGCGGGACGGAUCAGGCAAGCCAAAGAAGCUCUCGUCCCUCAAUGGCCUGGAUCCGAUGACGCAGCAUUCAAUUGUUGUCGAUGUUAGAUACAGCCGGAUCCAGUCAUCCCUCAGGAAGCCCAAGUUUUUGCGCGAGACCGGGCAGGCGCUGACGCCAAGAUUUGGCAAGACGCAGUACGAGGGGUGGUGGGUGGUGCUAGCCCAGGGCGACGAGCUGCUGGCCAUUAAGCGGAUUAACAUGCAGGGAAAGCCUGAGGAGUCGGGCGUGUGGUCAAAUUCGGGCGAGGUUGCAGUCAAGAAACACAGGGAUACUGAGGCGAGGUCUGCCAAGCUUGCGUUCAUUACACCGUCGCAGCCUGGCGCCUACACGCUAAAGCUGUACCUGAUCAGCGAUGCAUACCUGGGGCUUGACCAGGAGAUGGAGGUGCAAAUCACCGUCGGUGCGGAUCGCAUGGCGCUGGACGCAGAGUCGCAGUACAUUAGCAAGGAGCGUCUUAAGGAGUACCAGUAA